AGAAUCAAAUAUGAUACGGUAGUAAUAAGCAUGAGAACUAAUAAUGCUAGCUAGCUAGCUAGUAAAAAAUUGGGAGUGACUUACACCUUCACUACGUACAAAUUAAAAAAUCCCAAUAAUUCAAAGGGGUCUUUUCAUACUGAUAAUUAGAAAUAAAGAACACCUCAAUAAUCUCAUCCUAUAUAAAAUAAUUAAACACCACAUAUGUAAGUCGGUAAUUAACUUUCUCAAACCAAUCUUAACUCAUUAAUACUACUAAUUAGUCUCGAAAAAGUGAAGGAAGGAAAUAUCAUGGGUUCCGAAACUAGCCCUGAGCUUCUGGUAGUAGACUUGAACAAUCCAGAGAUGAAGGCAGGCUGGUCAUCUGCGUGCAAAGACAUAAGAAAAGCCUUUGAAACCCAUGGUUGUUUCGUGGCAUUAUACGACAAGAUUUCACCCCAACUCCACAACUCCAUCUUCAAAGCAGCUCAUGACUUAUUUGAUCUUCCCAUUCACACCAAAAUCCAAAACAUAAACGAGAAGCCCUAUCAUGGCUAUGUGGGUCAAAUGCCCAUUGUGCCCCUCCACGAAGGCCUAGGCAUCGACUACGCCAACACCCUUGAAGGAGCUCAGAGCUUCACUAAUCUCAUGUGGCCUCAGGGAAAUCAAUCCUUCUGUGAGAGGUCGAUGGGGUUUGCGAAGGCGGUUGCGGAGCUAGAGAAAAUGGUGGUGAGGAUGUUGUUUGAGAGCUACGGUGUGGAGAAGCACGUGGAGUCACAUGUGGAUGCAACCACUUAUCUUCUGAAAUUCUUGAGGUAUCGAGCACCUACUGAGGGAGAGACUACCAUGGCUUUUCCGCCGCACACCGACAAGAGCUUCGUCACCAUACUCUAUCAGAAUCACAUCUCCGGCCUCCAAACUAGGGCUAGAGACGGCCAAUGGAUCGACGUCAACUUCCCGCCUUCCUCGUUCGUUGUCAUGGCCGGAGAUGCUUGCAAGGCAUGGAGUAAUGAUAGGGUGCUUUCUCCGAGCCACAAAGUUACGAUGGACAUUAAAGGAAAGGAAACGAGGUACACAAUGGGGCUAUUUUCUUUCCUCAGCAAGACUGUGGAAGUUCCUGAGGAGUUGAUUGAUGAUGAUCAAAAUCCUUUGAAGUUCAAGCCCUUCGCCCACCUCGAUCUGUUGAAGUUUUACGACACAGAACAAGGCCGCCGAUCCCAGAAUAUACUCCAAGAUUUCUGUGGUGUUUGAAUUAUUUUCAACUUAUAUAUAUGCAUGGUGAUUCAACUGCAAUAAUUUACAUUAAUUGUCUCUUUAAGCCCAGUUGGAAUGGUGUGUAAGUCCUCUGUAACAAUAUGUUAAAUAUUGCAUGUGUGUUUGCUUGUAUGCUAUUUUACCCAAUAAAAUUUGAAUUUUCUAAAUUUA